AUGUUUGCUGCUGAGAGAUUGGCAGACAACAGCAAAAAAAAAUCCUUCCACAAGAAGCUCUCCUGCAUUACUGAACAUUCAGAUUUUUCUGCAGUGUUCUUAGAUGUGUAUGUGCUUGAGACUACAUACUACCAGUACCGUGCACAGUAUGGAGAGUUACAGACCAACAGUGAAGAAAGGGACAGAUAUACAGCGUAUCGACAAUUUGUGCGUCGGUGCUGGGGCUACCUUGGUAGGAAUGUAAGAGUUCCCCUACCAGCCUGUGCUGUGUAG